AUGAAUGUAGACCAUGAAGUCUUGGUGGAACAGAUCCAUCGUCUUGGCACAAGAGACAAGUAUGGGAAACUGAAAGUAAAAUUCGGUGUAUUAUUUAAUGAUGACCAAUGUGCUAAUUUUUUUGAAGCCAUGGUUGUAACUCUAAAAGCUGCCAAACGUAAGAAGAUUCAUUUGGUUUGUUGCAGGCUGGCUGGUAUGUGA